GGGGCGGCCUCGCUCAUGUGACGCCGCCGGAGUCGCUGCCGCCGCUGUUUUCGGUUCUGCUGCCGCCAUGGUGCCGUCUCCGCUCACCCUGCUCCUGGUGCUGGGCGCCGCUGCUACUGCCCUGGCCGAGCCCCUCCGCUUCGUCGACUGCGGUUCCAUAGACGGCAGCAUUCGAGAGGUGAACGUGAGCCCCUGCCCCACGCAGCCCUGCCUGCUUCACAAGGGGACCACCUACAGCAUCAAUGUCACCUUCGCCAGCAAGAUCGAGAGCCAGGGAAGCAAAGCGAGGGUGUAUGGUGAGAUGCUGCACGUGGAUGUACCCUUUCCCAUUCCUGAACCUGAUGGAUGCAAGUCCGGGAUCCAGUGCCCCAUUCAGAAGGGCCAUUCCUACAGCUACCUGAAUAAACUCCCUGUGAAGAGCGAGUAUCCCAGUAUUAAACUGAUUGUGAAGUGGGAGCUUGUGGAUGACCAAGACCAGAUGCUAUUCUGCUGGAAAAUACCAGUGCAGAUCACCAGCUGAGGAGCCCUGCCAUUAGCAGGGCUCAGGGAAGGGAAAAACAGAAGACAACACAGGCCAAAUUUUUUUAUAUGAUAAGCAUUUCUUACUGUUUCCUUCAGAGCUCUCCAGCCUCUGAGCAGCCAGCACUGUGUUCCUACAAGGUCAGCCAGGGGCAGAGGGGCUCUUACCUUUUCAGAAUCCCCUGGGCUAUUCUCCCAGCAGCUCAACGUGGAGCAGUGUGUGCUGCAGGACU